CAAUCACCUCCCUCGUCGGGAAGCACUUCCGGUGCCGUUUCCUGUCAGUGUUUAUAAACUGAGGAAAAAUUGGAAGUGCGACAAGAAAUAAUACCCAACAAACUCUGAGAAUCGGAAGGCUUUGGCCCCUGAUGAUUUGGGUGUGUGCGGUCUCUUCAGUCUCCAUUCAUCCUGAGUGAACCCUCUCUGUUUCCCACACACUCAUUAAAACCUCAGCGAUGACACACCAUUCCAACAUCUCUGUACGAGAUCAUAUGAAAUGGGCCGGGUUGCUGGGUUGUGAGGCGGUGUUGUCCAGCAUGGCCCUGAUGCAAGCUAACAACAUCUCAGGCCAGAAAAAGAUGAUGUCCCCCUUGAGCCAGGGGCACCGGGCCAGUCCUGAUAGCCACCAGAACCACUCGCAGCACAGCCACAACCACCAUGGACACCAGGUUCACCAUGCACAAGCCCACAACAGCCACAUGGGUCAUUCUUCAGCAGGCAGCUGUCCACCUCUGCUCAUCCGAAAAGACGGCGAUUAUCACUCAAGAAUGAUGGAUGAGAAGGACAUGCAGGCAAACCAGAAUAUGCAACCCAAGAAAAAGCACAAAAAAUCAGGUUCAUCCAACAAAGUCAAAGAGGAGCAUUUGCUACCAAUCGACAUGGAUGAAGACAGUUCCCUGAAAGUGCAAAAGAACUUCAUCUGUGACCACUGUUAUGGCGCGUUCCGCAGUAGCUACCACCUCAAACGACACAUCCUUACACACACAGGGGAGAAGCCAUUUGCCUGCGAUGCUUGUGACAUGCGAUUCAUACAGCGUUACCACCUGGACAGACACAAGAGGGUGCACAGUGGAGAGAAACCGUACCAAUGUGACCGCUGCCACCAGAACUUCUCGCGGACGGACCGGCUGCUGAGGCAUAGACGACUGUGUACAGUUGGAAUGAGCAAAGAGGAAAACCAGUACUCGCAGGAUGCAUCUGCUCAUCCAGCUUCCUGGAGUCCCCUACAGCCUUCCAACAACCGUCUGACUGUCUGAUCCUCAGCUUCCCACAGAGACCCUAUGGACAACAGCAGCCUGCAGCUCAGGGACACUGAGCACUGGAGCUGUAGGGUUAAAACCCGCCUAGCUUCAACACAACCACACUUCACCCGUUCAGAGAUUCAACUGUGGAAGUUUGUACCUUUUUAAAAUAAAAAGAACCUACUCUUCUAGUCACUAUACAGACAAAAGUUGGAAGAACUCAUUCAUGACCCCAGAUGGCAGAUUGUAGUAUUUUGGCAAUAACUGAAUGAAAGAUCUGCUUUUUUUUUUUUUUGAAUGCUUGUAGGAUUUUUGGUACUGGUGCCAUAGGAGUUGAAUGAUUUAGACAGCAUGGACUACCAGUAGACAGGAACCGUCCUGACCUGGAACCACCUUCAGCGAUGCUUCUUCCUACAGAUGCACUACACUUAUAUUUUAAGUCCCACUUGCUUUGUGUCCUUUCAUGUACCAGACACAGUUCUGCUGUGGAAAAAAAAGGCAAACAGCCACCAUUCAACGGGUGCCGUGUGCAGCGCAUCGAAACAUAUAUAUUGUUAACACAGCGCUCAUACAUUUUAAUUUGAAGUUUCCACACACGUUUUAAAUCGUCCUAAAAUGUAUUAACUUCCAUUUGUCUGUAACUCUAGAAUAACUAAAGGUGAUUUAAUGCUAAGUUUCUACCACAUUAGCCCCAAUUUUCCAUUUGGGGCUAAUCUUGGUAUUCGCUACUAUUUUAGCACAAUAUUUUCACUGCUCUUUGUUUUCAAGGGGAUUAGUUACUUUAUUUUCAUACAGUAGCACAUGGAUAAUUUUUAUAGGAACAGCCCAAAUAGUUUCAUGCUGUUAAAGUAUUAUCUUUUAUAAUGUAAACAGGCUGUAGGUGGACAAAUGUUUCCUUUUUUCCACAUCUUCCCCAGUGUUCUGAUUCUUAUGGUUUUAAAUGAAUGGCAUCAUUCCAAAAUCGUGUUUUAUGAAUUAUGGGUCAGCAUAUUAUUUUGACACCCACAGUCCAAGAAAAGAUGUUGCAUUGUGAACCGUGGACAAUACUGAUGGUUAAAGAUCUGUCAUUAUUGGUGUUACAGGGAGAUUUUGUCAAUCGAGUGCUCAUGAACGUGGUCUUUGUCAGUCCUACAUAUUUUACGGGCGACAUGACUGAACCUCCAGUUCACCUCUAAGCAUCUUCAGUGAAGAUGUUCAGUUGUACAUUACUCUAUUGUAUGUUCACAGGCCUCUGUGGGAAUGAGUCCGUUUGUAAGCACUGGACUGAAGACCGUUGUUACCUGAUUGGACUAAACCAUUUAACAGCACUGGUUGUUACUGGUAGUUCAUCUGCUGCCAGACCCUCAGAUUGUGGUAAAGGAGUUUGAUGCCCAUCACUCACCUGUCUGCUGUUUAUGAAGUUAAUAUAUAUUUAAAUUGUAUUAGGGGUAGAAAAUAGUUUGUACGGGACCUACACUCCAGAGGUGAAUCAAAGUCUUAGAGUUAUAAUCCACUGUCUGAUGAUUUCUUAUGAUGACUGAGGCUACAGCAGGGCAAAGAGCCGACUCUUUCCCUUUUAGAAUAAUUAGUCAAUAUAUAUAUUUUGUAUUUUCCUUUUUGCAUUUAUUUGUUGAAAGAACUUGUGUGUUUGUUUUGGUACAGAGAGCUAUGAACAAUGUUCUCCCUGCUUUUUGUCAUUUAAGAAGGGAAGUGAAGAUUGUUUUAACACCGUCAAUCAUGAUCUAGUGAAAGGAGCUUUAGGCCCAGAGUCUGAAUAAAACUGUUACAUUUUUAAUACACUAUUCUAUUCUGUUCGAUUCAUAUACAUUAGUUUAGAUCUUCAAAUAGAUCCAGUAUGUCAUUCUUCCUGAAAUUCAGAAAUAGGUGUGUGUUGUCAUAGGCAACAUACAGACCUUUCUCGGCUUCAGGCUCCUAAAGACAAAAACAACUAGAAGGUUCAGAAAUGUUUAAUGCACAGUGUUGCCAGCAGGUGGCAUCCAUGACCACAGUAAAAUGAAAGCCCCCCUUCUAACAAGCCCCAGUGGUCUGGCUAAAAUCACAUUAAUUACGACAUAAAUGUAUAUUAGACUAUGUACACAAAUAAACUUCAUACAGCAGGUAGGUAGAAAAACACGGCCUGUGACUUUACUGUUGUAAAGGCCUGAGGUCCUGUCUAUGUCUAAAGUGACUAUGAUACAGAACAUUUGUUAGGAAGCAUUAGAAUGCAUAUUAAAAUUAUGACAAAAUAUUUGACGUGAAACUACAAAGAA